GUGUGCAUGCGCGCGUGCGCAGUGUGGAUGUGUACGGAAGUUGUAUUGCGACUGCGCAAACAGGUCCGGAGUGGGAGGACAUGGCGAUUCCAAGUCUCUCCUGCCAUCCAAGCCAGGCCAUGAGCUGAGACGCCUGAGAUAAGCUGUUGGUAGAGAAGGCUGGACUUGCGCAAUUGCUCUCUACGUCAGGGAGCUGUAUGUUCCUGAGAAGUUGCAAUGACCUAGUGGAGGAUAGGCGAGAAUGUCUCAGAAGAGAGCAUGUCCACGUUUGCUGGAUUACCUUGUUAUCAUCGGUGCCAGGCAGCCGAGCAGCGAGAGCAUUGCUCAGACCCCUGAGCUGCUGCGCCGUUACCCGCUAGAGGACCACCGGGACUUCCCCCUCCCGCCAGAUGUGGUGUUCUUCUGCCAGCCCGAAGGAUGUCUUAGCGUGAGGCAGAGGCGCACCAGUCUGCGCGACGAUUCCUCCUUCGUCUUCACUCUGACUGAUAAAGACAGCGGUGUGAUUCGCUACGGGGUCUGUGUUAACUUCUACCGCUCCUUCCAGAAGCGCAGCCGCGACAGGCCAGACCGCAGCUUGCAGCAUGCCAAGGAUAGCGCUGCAGAGACGCCAGACACCGAGCAGAACAACUCCGACAGUGGCUCUUCCCUGGCCACUCACAGUGCUGACUCCACCCCUGACAUCAGUCGCUCGCCCCGGCUGAAACGGCACCUGAAGAGUGGUAACCGAUCCCGGAACAGUACCCUAACCUCGCUGUGUAUACUGAGCCAUUACCCAUUCUUCUCCACCUUCCGUGAGUGUCUGUACACCCUCAAACGUUUAGUGGAUAGUUGCAGCGAGCGGCUGCUUAUUAAGAAAGCAGGAAGUCUGAAGGGCAUUCAAAGAGACACUAUGUGGAGGUUGUUCACAGGCUCCCUGACAGUCGAGGAGAAGUCCAGUGUCAUCCUGCACGAUGUGAAAGAGAUCGAGUCUUGGAUCUACAGGCUGCUACACUCCCCUGUGCCUGUGCCUGGCCAGAAGCGAGUGGAUGUGGAGAUAUUGCCCCGAGAUCUUCAGCCAGCACUUACCUUUGCUUUGCCAGACGUGGCCCGCUUCAGCUUGGUGGAUUUUCCACUCCAUCUGCCCUUGGAGCUGCUUGGCGUGGAGCCCUGUCUCCAGGUGCUCAGCUGUAUCCUGCUGGAACAUAAGGUGGUGCUGCAGUCGCGUGACUACAAUGCGCUCUCCAUGAGUGUAAUGGCAUUUGUUGCAAUGAUUUAUCCGCUGGAAUACAUGUUCCCAGUGAUCCCUUUGCUUCCCACCUGCAUGGCCUCGGCAGAACAGCUGUUGCUUGCUCCAACCCCUUACAUUAUUGGUGUUCCAGCUAGCUUCCUCCUCUACAAGACAGAUUUUAAGAUGCCCGAUGAUGUCUGGCUGGUUGACCUGGAUGCCAACAAGGUGAUUGCACCUACGAACGCAGAGGUCUUGCCCGCAAUGCCUGAACCAGCAGCUACCGAGCUGAAGAAGCACUUGAAGCAGGCGCUGGCGAGUAUGAGCCUGAACACUCAGCCCAUCCUCAAUCUGGAGAAGUUCAAUGAGGCUCAGGAACUGCCUGUAGGUGGACGAGGCCGGGAUGACCAGACCUCCACUCCCUCCACCGAGUUCAACCCACUCAUCUAUGGCAAUGAUGUCGACUCUGUGGAUAUAGCCACCCGGGUAGCCAUGGUGAGAUUCUUCAACUCGCCCAAUGUGCUGCAUGGAUUUUUGUCUCACACCCGCACUCUCAGACUCUUCCCUCGGCCUGUCGUUGCUUUCCAAGUCAAUUCCUUCCUGGCCUCCAGACCCAAACUCUCGCUGUUCACGGAGAAGCUUGCUCGGACACAGGCAGUGGAGUAUGCUGGGGAGUGGUCCCUGAAUCCUACCAACUACACGUUCCAGAGGAUCCAUAACAGCGUGUUCGAUCCAGCUCUAAUUGGAGACAAGCCCAAGUGGUAUGCCCAUCAGCUUCAGCCCAUUUACUACCGUGUCUAUGAUAGUAACUCGCAGCUUGCCGAGGCCCUUAACAUUCCCAUCGAGAAGGACGAUGGCUCAGAACCCACAGAUGACAGUGGCAGCGACAGCGUGGAGUACAACGACUCCAGCUCUUCCUACUCGUCCCUGGGUGACUUUGUGAGCGAGAUGAUGAAGUGUGACAUCAAAGGAGACACACCUAAUGUCGACCCUCCCAGCCAUGCUGCCCUUGGUGAUCCCAGCGAAAUUGAGUUCCAGGGAUUUCAGAAAUAUCGGGAGGAUCUGGAUGACCAGGGGCCGGACAGUGAGAAUUCCCUGGACAACAAUCCUCCCCGCUCCAGCUCCAGUACGACAGCCAGCAGCAGUCCCAGCACAGUCAUACAGGGCACCAACCAUGAGUCCAUUGAUUCGACAGAGGCGGAGGAGAAAACACUGACUUUCCACAACCAUAUCUCAGCGGUGUCCAUCCAGGCCUUUGCCAAAGCCAGCCUGGAGCGGAGGGAGAAUGAUGGGAUGUUGGAGGGGCCAGUCCGCCAGCGAGACUAUGAGAACCCAUACUUUGAACCUCAGUACGGUUUCCCCACAGAGGACGAGGAAGACGAACAGGGGGAGAGCUACACGCCACACUUUGCUCAGAACAUGAAUGACAGCCGGUCGUACGGGAGUCGAUGUUUGCGUGUGCGCUCAGCGUACGGGAGUCGAUGUUUGCGUGUGCGCUCGGUGUACGGGAGUCGAUGUUUGCGUGUGCGCUCAGCGUACGGGAGUCGAUGUUUGCUAUUUGGGCUAAAUACUAUAUUGGAGAUAAUAACGGAAGCUGGAGUGGGGAGUGAAGGUAACAGGAGGGCCCUGGUUGACCAGAAAUCCUCAGUGAUCAAACACAGUCCGACGGUGAAGAGGGAGUCUCCCUCACCACAGGCCAGAGUGAACAACAGCAGUGAGAACCAGCAGUUUCUGAAGGAGUUGGUGCACAGUGUGCUGGAUGGUCAGGGUGUCGGCUGGUUAAAUCUGAAGAAAGUUCGGCGUCUGCUGGAGAAUGAACAGCUUCGAGUGUUUGUCCUGAGUAAACUGAACCGGACAAUUCAGUCGGAGGAGGACGCCCGGCUCGAUAUAAUCAAGGAUGUGGAAAUCAGUAAGAAGGUGUACCGUGGGAUGCUGGAUCUGCUGAAAUGCUGUGUGUCCAGCCUGGAGCAUUCAUAUAGCAAUGCAGGGCUAGGAGGAAUGGCCAGUGUCUUCACUCUGCUGGAAAUUGCACACACACACUACUACAAUAAAGAACCCGACAAGAAGAAACGCAGUCCAACAGAGGGUGGCACAGUGCCAGCUAGUAAGGAGCCCAUGCCCUCGAAAGGGGAGAUGAAACCCCCCAGUGCACCGAUGACCCACCUGCAACUCCCACCAAAAGCUCCCAACAGCAAGGCGCCGGGCGAGUAUGACACCCGGAGUCUGAAUGAAGAGAAUUUUGUUGCUUCAAUCGGUACUGAGGGCCCCAGACAUGCGUCUGACUUGGACCCAGAUGAGAAGAAAUCGCAAAUCAGCGCCGAUAGCGGUUUGAGUGCGACCAGCUCGCAGAAGAGUGACAGUGAGUCUAUCACCAGCUCCGAGCCGCCUGCACUCACCCGGAGUACCAGCCAGGAGUCAGAAAGCAGCACCGUGGUGAGUAACAGUUCCGGAGAGACCCUGGGUGCUGACAGUGAUUACAGCAGUGCUGCUGGAGAAAGUGUGACAGUCAAAAAUACCCUGGGGGUAGCAACAUCCAGAGGAACGCUCUCUGAUAGCGAGAUCGAGACUAACGCUGAUACCAGACACAUCUUCGGGAAACCACACAUGCUGGCAGCUGGCUUCAAGGCUGCGAAAGGUGGCAGUGCCUAUGCCCAGGCUCCCAGCCCACCAGAGGACACCAGUCAGAGGGUUUACCUCUUUGAGGGACUGUUGGGCAAGGAACGCUCAAUACUGUGGGACCAGGUCCAGUUCUGGGAGGACACAUACCUUGAUGCUGUGAUGUUAGAAAGAGAAGGAAUGGGCAUGGACCAGGGGCCCCAAGAAAUGAUUGACAGGUACGAGUCACUGGGGGAGCAUGACCGAAAGCGGCUGGAAGAUGAUGAAGACCGAUUGCUGUCCACACUGCUCUACAAUAUGAUCAUCUACAUGCUGAUGGUCAAGGUCAACAAGAAUGACAUCAGGAAGAAGGUGAGGAGGUUGAUGGGUAAAUCACACAUUGGGCUGGUGCACAGUCAGGAAGUGAAUGACCUGCUCGAUCGCCUUCCACAUCUGGAGAGCCGCGAUCUCCACAUUCGACCCUGUGGCAGCCGUCACAUCAAGAAGCAGACCUUUGUGGUACAUGCAGGAACAGACACCAAUGGUGAAAUCUUCUUCAUGGAGGUGUGUGAUGACUGCAUUGUGCUACGCAGUAAUAUCGGCACUGUCUAUGAACGCUGGUGGUACGAGAAGCUCAUUAACAUGACGUACUGUCCUAAGACCAAGGUCCUGUGUCUGUGGAGACGUAAUGGGCAGGAGACCCAGCUCAACAAGUUCUACACCAAGAAGUGUCGAGAGUUGUACUACUGUGUGAAGGACAGCAUGGAGCGUGCAGCUGCAAGGCAACAGAGCAUAAAACCAGGUCCCGAGCUCGGAGGUGAGUUCCCUGUUCAGGACAUGAGGACCGGAGAUGGCGGCCUCCUGCAGGUGACCCUGGAAGGGAUCAAUCUAAAGUUUGUGCAAAGCCAGGUUUUCAUUGAACUGAAUCACAUUAAAAAGUGCAAUACAGUCAAAGGAGUCUUUGUCCUGGAAGAAUUUGUUCCACAAACUAACGAAGUGGUGACCCACAAGUACAAGACUCCAAUGGCUCACGAAAUCUGUUACUCUGUGCUAUGUCUGUUCUCCUACAUGGCCGCAGUACGAGGGAAGGAAAUGGAGAGCAAGAACAAGGUGACUCCAGCGCGGUAAGACAUCAGCCCCUUUUCAUCCCCCUUCAUUCUCCUCUCCAAAAUAAACACUCCAUCUCAUGGCCCCACCCGCCAGCUGGCUGUGUCCACCUAUCUCUGCAAUGCUGCAGCUCCAGUCAGACAGGCUCAUUACAAAUAAUGACUGCUCAGCUUGUGCUUGUUCUUAAACCAUCACAUUUGCUCGAGGCUUGUCUGAUUAACUGACCAUGUCAGGGGUCCUCGCCUUCUGUCAGCUGACUUAAGACUGCAACAUGAAACUUACUUCAAAUGUAAGCUUCAUUGGUUCUACACUGGAUUCACUGCAAACCCAUUUACUGAGGGCUGUGCCUGCACUGGAUUCACUGCAGCUCCACUGAUUGACCACUUCUGCACUGGAUUCGCUGCCUCUGUGUUCGUUGAAGGCCAUCUUGCACUGGAUGAAUUUCAUUCACUGAACAGGCACCACUUCACUGGAUAUUGGCUCGUUGAGGAUUGCUGAUCCACAGUUAUGCAUCAAGGACCACUCUAGCACUGAAUUUGAUGAAUAUUCACUCACUGAGGGACCCUCUCUCUGCUGGAUUCACUGAAUUUUACCCAUCAAGGACCAUUUCUUCAUUUGCUACGUUAUUUCCUCUCAAGGACUUCUGCACUGGAUUCGCUGCAUGUACUCCUGUCCGGGGCCACUUCUGCACUGGAUUCACCAUAUAUCUUCCCAUUCUUCCCAUCGAGAACCACUCCUGCACUGGAUUUGCCGUGUAUCCUCCUGCCAAGGACCACUUGUACACUGGAUUCACUGCAUGUUCUCCCACUGAGAAUGACGACAAUGUGAAUUUUCCCACUUGAGGUCACUUUGUUCUUGUUGUUCCACCCAUUCAAGUUGGAUUGACAAUAUGAAAUGAGGCCACUUCAACACUGGAUUCACUGCGAAUGAGCCCGCUCGGGAUGCCACAUUUAAAUCACUAUCCGUUCACCUCAGUCAUGUUCACCAAGUCACUGUUUGCUGCAGAGUUGACCCUGUGUGGAUUGGUCUUUCACUGGAAUCCCUUGGAAUUGACUGCUCAGUUACCUUCUGCUGAAUUCACUGUAAACUAGCAGAUUCAGGAACUGCUUCCUAAAAGGGAUUUGGCCACUGAGGAGGAAUCUUCCACUGGAUUUGCCCACAGGAAGCAGCCCUGCACUGGAGACACUUGCAGAGGUUCCCGAGAAGAGUGAACCUCCGCUGAUGUACAGACCAACCCCAAGUUGUUUUUGUUGUACCCACUCUGUGUUCAUUAUAAAGAGUUGAGAUGUAGAGACUGUGCUUUCUUUCAUUCCACUCUCUUUGUCCCAUCAGAGAGUUAAGCCGUCCCAAACUCACUGCAGCUCCAACAUGUAAUGGCCUGACAUCGCCCCCUGGACAGAGUCUAUGGGACCCCAGGCCACUGGGUUAGAGGGAGAGUUGAGGGCCAGCAACUGGCCUGUGGGAGACACAGAAGGCUUCUGACCUUCCAGCAAUGUCCUGGGAAACAGGCUGCCACCCCUCAACACUCAUAACACCCCAACUGCACAUAGCUGUCUCUCUCUUUCUGUCACUGGCAUAUCCAAACACUGCCACUUGGUUAUAAAGCACCCAGAGAGGAGUUCAGAAUUGACUCAACUUUGGACCACACCACCCCCUCACCCACCCAGUGCCGCACUAAUCGCUGGUGAGGGGGAGGGGCCGAGAUGGGGGGAAUACCAUCUUCUCGCCGGUCUCCCUGUGAGUAGACCACCUACCAAACCUCGUCCUCCUGUUGUUCAAAAACUAUUGCGUGUUCCUCACAACUGCAGCCCACUCAUUUCAAACACACCACCUUACUUCAGUGGGAAAGCCCAGAGACCCCUCAAAGCCCAGAGUUACAGAGCAGUGAUCCUCUCUCCACUCCCUCACCACCACCAACACCCCCCGCCCCCAAUACCCUGGCACACCCCGAAGUGAUUCCCCCACCCACCCACCGCUGUGCCCCGGAGCAUUAAUACUGUCCGUCAUCUCAGUCUGAAGGCCCACUGUGAGCUUAGAUAAAUUCUUGAGAGUUGUAUCUGCCAGUUGCUUGCUGGUAGUGGGAUUGACAACUUGCUUCCUCCAAACCCCUUUAGUGAGCGCCACUCUUCAGGCGUAACUUGAGGGGAAAGUGAAGUGGUCAGAGUGUAUUUGUAAGGACUGACUCCUGCCCGAAUGUCUGAUGAGGCAUGGGCCCUAUCAGUCUCUCAGUUAGCUGCCUGCUUCUCUUCCUGCUCUGUGUUGUGUUGUGUUCAUCUGUCAGGUAUUCUUAUCUCAUUUAGCCUGAAGGAUGUUUGGUUUUGUGUUUGAUGCUUGCUGAUGUAGAAUGCAUUAUUUUGGUGUAAAUAUUUCAGUAUUACAUAUAUUUAUAGCACUGUACAGUACCUUGAAUGUUGCAAUAAACUCUUGUCCCUGUG